AUUUUUUUUUUCAAUUUUUAUGCAAAUUGUUUACUACGUAUGUGCCGUCUACGUAUCUGAUGCGUAUGUAAAUUAUUUUUUGCUACACACGAAACGUCCACGGCUGUCGCGGGAGAUUUUCUGAUACUACCACAGAAAAAUUACGCUGCUACAAUAGUAACACAAUGAUCAUACGGCAUUAUAUUGGCCGGUGGUAAACAGACACGCUAACAUUUAAGGCACGCAAGGCUUCGAGGCAGUGUCCAAUCAUAUUACAAAACGGAAUUCAAUGGUCAGAUCUUUGAGCUAAUAUUUUGCGACGUAAUAUUUGGCUAAAAUGUAUGACUUCUCGUAAACUCGAGUGAACCAUAACAGCCGUAACUAUAGCGUAGAAAAACGUUCCGUCUUCGCCUGGUAAUAGCAAACAGUCCGGCAAUAUGAUUUUGUCAAGGUAAACGAUCAAAUUCACAAAUGUAACUUUUAUCGGUAACUAAACAAAACAGCUAAUUCCUCAACUGAUAUUAUACAUGUCGAAAAUAUAGCAGGUGCUUGCUCUCUUCAAUAUGGCCUUUACGCUUCUGAAGUGAUCAACACAACCAACAACAAUUGAGUUCAGUCAAAACCCGCCAUUUCAUCUUCGCUGAAGUCACUUGAAUGCACCUUCUUCUUAGAGGUCUUCGAAUGCCGCCGUAUAAGGAGCGUCUUUGUCUGAUUAGAGAUGAGACAGUUAUUUUCUUUUUUAUUGUUCCCUUUUCUGAUUAGCCUUUUCGUCUAUCGUCCACUUCUCUAUUUGUUAUAGGCCUUUGACUUGUUAUCGUUGCUUAUGUUUUAUUGAUCAACUAUUGUCGCAUCAUUGAAAUGCGACAGCGCAAAACAUGGUGAGGCGACGUACGAAGUUCGCUUGCUUUGCCCUUUGGCUAGCUGCCCAAGCUGUCGGCGUGCGUUUCGUUACUGUCAUUUGUGUACUACCAGCAUCUACAAGUAAUGCUCUGAUUUGCUCUGCGAAACGUGUACGUAAAAGCGCAUUUUCGUGAUGGUGCAAUGAUAACGUGUUUGCCUUUCGAACAUUUGAUGCCGCUUGUAGUGCUGUAGGCAUGAGGAUAUCGCGUAAAUAUGCUUCACGUCCUCGUUGCUGGAGAGGCCAUCGACUGUUUAGAUGAUUGCUUGACAUGAGCCGUACUGGACGUAAAACUCGAACAAAUUACUGGUCUGCGAGGAUCUAGUUCCAUUGUAUCAAAACAUGUUUUCCCGCCCCCACACUUACUGUCGUUCUCUCUAGUAAGAAAGUGCAGAAGACCAUCAGCACUUGUGCAGUCCCUUCAUGUAGAAAGGUCUCAUUUUUACCUAACUAGCUGUCAUUUUUAUCAGCGUUUCUGUCGCCUGCCAAUACCUGAAGAACCGGCGUUGCCUCAGUCUAGGUUUAUGGCAGCAAUCAGCAUCUGCCGCUCGCUUUCGACCAGCUGUUCGUUGUUUGUCUGUGGCCUCGAAACUUGGCGAAGAUAGCUUCUAACGCAGCUUUGUCUCAAUCGUCUUUUCUGAUACCGCCCUACCAGCUCGGCAACAGUAGCAAGCUUGUUCUGUUGCGACAAAAGUGAAACGAGGAUGAUCCACCGGAUCGCCUCCAUCUUGCUACGCCUAGAAACGUUAGAUUUUAGAGCGUGUUAAAACCGUACGUAUUUGUCUUACUCCUGUUCGAGCAACGUACGCACUGACAACAGCGGUUUGUUGAUCGCGUCUUCGCCAAAACAAAGCAACGUCGGCCACGACAAAAGCACCAGUUUCAGCAACAGUAACAGACGCCGCCCAUUGAAUGAUUGUUAUUGUUGUGCUAGUUCUAAUCGUGUAGGUGGAGCCAUCUAGUGGCGUGUCCCGGCAUCUCGCUAGCUAAUACUUGGUCGACCAGAAACCAACUUCUGACACAGCAGCAGUCAGUGAUCGCCCAGGAGUGAAUGCUGUGUCGAGCCUCCAAUCGGAAUCAAAGAGCUGGCCAGGGCCACCAAAGAACUACUGAGCAGCUGGGCUCUUAAAAAUAGCUCUAUUUCCCUCGCGAUUUGUGGCUCGCUUGGUGAGCCCAAUCCACCCGGCUGAUGUUAACAUUUUACAGUAGCAGCAUUGCAACGUAAACCAACGACUAACGUCGGCGGUAUAGUAAAGCUGUGGCGCGUCGCGCUACUCUUGUGCGCUGAAUCCUCUCUCUAACGCGAAUGCGGCCGUUACGGGUGACGCCGACGGCGUUGACGACGCUUACGCAUUCUUAUUGCAUCACAUCGGUCGACGAUUGUGCGUGCUGUUGUGCUUGUUUGAGGCAUACGCACAUACAAUCUGGGUCUGUAAGGGUGUCGUUGGUAUAUUAGUUGUAACUUACUUUGUCUAGUUGUCCGGCUGGUUGUGUCACAAAGCCUAGCUAAACAUCAGCGUGUACUUGACAUAUUUAUCCGCGUGUUCAGUAAGUGGCCUGCGGUGUACAUGGCGUUCAGUUUUCUACAUGUCUGCACCUCCUGAUUAACCUGUCUGCACUCGCUACAUUCAUAACCUGUACGGCACGACAAGGUGAGUGUCAUUAGCCAAUCUGUGUGUGUUUCGACGAUCCCGAGGACGCCGACUACUGAUGAUAACAACAGAAACGAAAAAAAGAAACGGCGGCGCGACCGUCGUGAGUGAUGACCGCCGAGACCGAAUCUGAAUCAUCCGCGCCGGCGGCAACGGCUUCGCUCGCCGUUAAUUCUUUGCACCUCGAGGCAGGGCCCGAUGACAACGCGGUAGUUAGCGAAUCGUAUCAUCGGCGCACGCCAUUAAAUAGGCAGCGCACUCCGGAUUCAGUGGUAACGCAAGCACACGACACAACUUCCGAAGAGUCUGAAUCGGAGGAUUCUUCGGAAGUAUCGGAUUCUAAUCCGGAAAUAGUUUCUGACGAGUGGGAACAGUUUGAGAAGAGCGAGCCUCAAAUAACGGUAACUGCCCAGGGAGGUCUUCAUGGGAUACGGGAACAAGAAAUAACUCCGAUGGCGGAUCCAGCAGGUCAAAACGGUACAGCAAAAACGAUUAGCUGGGCGCUUUCGGUAACUUACGUUGCAUUUUUUGUCUACGUACAACUUAUACUCCAAGCGGGGUUUACCACGAUAUCGUUCCUAGUUGCACCCUUGGCUUACCUUCAAGGAGGCAGCAAAUCCUGGUGGGACUUCGUUGAUACUCUCUAUGAUUUACACGAACGUGUCAUUAUCUUACUGGGUAUCGCCUUAAAAGGAACUAAGCUUUACUUCUAUGGUGACUUCAAUGAAGUGCAAGCGAAGCAAGAAAGUUGCAUUGUCAUAUGCAAUCACCAGGUCGAAGGUGACUACUUCGUGAUGGCUGCCGCGAUGGAAAAAACAGGCAAACUGGCCCGGUUACGGCACGUCAUGAAGGAUUCCCUCAUUUGGAUCCCAUAUGUAGGAAGCUUUUUGAUUAGGAGAGGUUCGUUUUUUAUCAAUCGUAAUAACCUCGACUGGUCGAGUUUCGAUGAAAAUUGUCGCCGUCUUCGCGAAGACAAAGUACCGACCUGUAUUCUUAUUUACCCAGAAGGUACGACCAUGAAUAACGCCAUAGAGACACCGAACAUUAUUGAGAAAUCUCGCCAGGUAGCUAUUGAAAACAAACAGAAGCCAUUUGAAUACGUUCUUUUUCCGAGAUCACGUGGAUUUCAUCGUUUACUCGAUAAGUUUCGAGGUCAAAUAGAUGCGAUCUAUGAUCUAACACUAAUUUACUCAUCAACUCGUGACAGAAAUGGCCAUCGACGACCUGCUCCAUGCGUUACCGAGUUGGCAAAUGGAUACUGCCCUGAAAUACACAUUAAUCUACAUCGGAUCGAUAUCAAGGACGUUCCUGAAAAUGAGGAGGAUGUAAAACAGUUUCUUUUCAACCAGUUUGUUGUCAAAGACAGGCUUCUGAAAACGUUUUACUCGACUGGUUCGCUUCCGAAAAAAGGCGUCCAGCUGCCGUCCCAGAGUCAACGACACCUAAUACAAACGUCCCUUGUUGUUCUUAUCGGAAUUUGGCUUGGUUUCACGUCGACCGGUCUCGCUCUGCUACCGUAUCAUCUACUUGUGCCAGGAACCAUCGGAUUUCUCCACGUGGCUUAUCAUGUCUACUUUGCACGUUGAGCAAAGCGUCGUAGGCUCGUGCACGCACGUAGAAUAGUCCGCGAUAUUAGGACUAAUUGGUCGUAAGGGAGAAUUGCGCUCUUCUGUAUUUUAGUGGUUUCUGAGCUUGUGGACGCGUUCGCGUUGCGAACAACCGCCAAGAAACAACUAAUGAGUGCAGCCCCGUAUAGUCGCGGGUAUUUGGCGUAAAAAAGGAGUUAUCCAAGUAGGAAACCUAUGCUUCGAUAGGGCUAAAUCAGCUACAGUGGGUUAUUGUUGCAGUCGUAGUGGUCGCGAGACACACAAUAUUUAGGUUACUUAUGGUUACUAACUGCUAUUGGGUUCGAACGGAAGUGUGUUUCGACAGUAUCUUGAUUGCAUUGUACUUACGAUCUAUAGCUUUAAGUAGUUCGACGUUAUAAUGAAAUUGUUGCACGUACUGCUUAGCUCGUCUUUAAAUGCUAAAGUCGAGCGGGGCAAUAGCACGAUAUUUGUGGAAUCGCUCGAAUGUUAGGGGUGUUCUGCCCUUCGCUGGGCAAGCAUGUUCUUGUUUGGCAAUAUAUACAACUUUGUUAAGCACUUUCUAUUAUCGGUGUGUAUAAAGCGUACGUGUACGUAUGCAACAUACCCGAAUCACCUAUUUGCAAGAAGUAGACCUAUAGAAUAAUGUAUCAAUGUGACGCCGCUCGAUGACGACAUUUUGUUUGAAUAGAUAUUGUUAAUGAUUUGUACGUCCGCUACCGCCGCAAGGCACUACUACUUCAACCAGCAGAUACCUUUUUUUAUCAUGUAAAUUUUAGUCUCAAUAAAAUUGAGCCAAGCUUU